UUCUCUCCUCACCAUCACUGUGUUUCUGCUCUGCUGCUCCGUCAUUGCCUCCCAAGGUUCUCUGGAUAAUUGUGACAUAUACGCUAAAAUUGGUGACAAUGUUAUUGUGCCUCUGGACCAAACAAGUGGAUCCAUGGAAAAACUGAAAUGGAAGUUAGAGAACGAGGUAAUCUUUUAUAGAAUCAGCGGUAAGAUAGCCAUUAACAAAUCUUGUGACAUUACUGCGAAUGGAUCCCUCAUCCUGAAAAAUCUGAAGAAGAGUGAUGCAGGACAAUACAUUCCUGAGGUUUAUGAUCAAAAUGGACGAUACAACAGACAUACAACACAGAAGCUUUUAUGUAUCUUGGACCCUGUAAUGAAGCCUACAGUGACGAUUGAGUGCUUUGAAGAAAAUGUCAACUUUACCUGCACUGUUGAUCAGCAAGGUGUAUCAUAUCAGUGGUAUCAAAAUGAUGAACCAUUGACAAAAGAGAAAGAUUUCAGUCUGAUAAAAACAGCCAAAGAGGUCAAAUCAGACAGCUUCUUUUGCAAAGUUUCCAACCAAGUCAGCUUUGAGAACAGCGAAUCCGUGCUAAUUCCCUCUACAGAAACAUGCCUUAAGUCCAUCAUCCCAAACACCCUCAAGGUCUUACCCGAGGCCCUGCCUCCUGUGGUCCUAGAAGGAAGUGACAUCACUCUGUCUUGCAAUGUCACCCGAGAACUCACUCACCCCACCAACCUGUCUAUCACCUGGUUGGUGAAAAAGGAAGGAGGAAAGGAGGAAAUUUUGACAUUUAGUCCACAGGGAGGUGUGAUUACUGGCACAAAGUUUGCCCAUCAUUAUAAAAAUGGAAGCAUUCGAUUGGCUCCCAGCAGCAAUGAAGUGUUCAAACUAGUGAUUUCCAAAGUGACGAAGUCUGAUGAAGGGAUUUAUGAAUGCAACGGAAACGAAUGGCUGUAUGACAGUAGAUGGAAGAAAAUAAAAAUUUGGGAGAGUACAAAAGAGUUUGGAAAUGUUACUAUCACUCCUGCAGGUUUCCCAAAAGAACUGUUUGGAAUUAGUAUCUGGGUUUUCAUUGGUGGCGGAGGAGGUAUUGUUCUUUUGAUUAUUAUCAUCAUCACUGUUUGCUGCAUUAGAGCCAGACGACAAAAGCACAGACGUCCGUCAGCAGCAAUAAAGAACCUGCAUGACAUCCCCUUGUAAACAAGAGAAACAAUUAGAUGGUUAGCCUGGCUACUAGUCCUGAGCAAAAACUGGUAUCCUUCUUCUAAAGAGUGCACAAAAUUUGGCACGAGGGACACAACUAGAUAUGAUUGAUUUUAGCUGGACCCAGGACCAUUUCCAGCCCUUGUCUUCAAAGACCAAGCUGCCAACACAGAUGAUCAACACAGCUGCAGCUUCAGCAUUAGCACCAGUGCUAGCAUUAGCCAAACACAGCUUAGCUUGUCAAUACAUUUUAAUGAUUUUUCUCUUGUGUAGUUUUGUUUAAUUAGUAAGGUUAACUAACAAGUUUAUAUUUAAGAUUUACUCUUGGAUGCCAAACAUUUUUGUUGAACCUGGCACCUUUGGUGUGGUGUGGCUUGCACACAUGUGUAAGCACAUGUGACUACACAGACAAGGAACCACAGGUCCCGAUAGGCAGUGGUUCUCAAACCACUGCCUAUAAAUAUAUAUGUACAUAUCCCGCCCCCCAGUUUGAGAACCACUGCUAUUGGCUUCACAUGUUCACCGGUCACAGUAAUAGCAGCCAUCUUGGAAUGUCACAGUUCUCAUCUUGUGAACCUUUUUUUUUUUUGUCUAAUUAUCUUCUUCAGUUUAUAUCCAUUAACACAAUCUCACAAAUCCCCCUUCAUACCUACAAGGGUGAUUAUUGUAUCAAUAGUAUUUCUUUUAAUGUAUCAUGGAUUAAUAAUCACUGUAUUUACCUUGAAUAAAUUCUAUGUAUAAAAAGUUAUUUGUGGUUAUUUUGCAGAUGUAUUGUGAUAGGUCAGUCCUCAGAUUCAUAAUCUUCAUAGCCUGAUCUGUGUGUCAUAUUUGUCCCACAAUGACACACACAGAGACCAACAGACUCCUGAGGCUCAUACCAAUGUUUACUUAUUAGAUUCCAGGUUUCCAUGGUGAUGCACCAUGAUUAAUAACUAAAUUAGCUCCUACCAAUCCCCCAACUGUGUGGGUGUCUGCUGCUGUUGUUACAGAUGUGUCCCGCUGUAGAAUCUCAUCAACACGGCAUCUCAAACUGACAGAUGUUGAUUCCUUUUGGUCUUCAUGACAAGAAAAGGUGAUUAUGGAU